AUGAAAGGAUCCAUCAAACUUACACCAUCGGAACAGUUUGAGAAGUUCUUGGCUGUUGUACAGACAACUGCCAACAUACUUGGUGUAAAUGUUAUAAGUCCCGCUUAUCGCAUGAAUUGGGCUACCGCGCUUAUCUUAUGCUUGAUAGUAUCCUAUAUCAGCUUUACAUUGUACACGCUUUAUAUUGGCGUGAUCGCUAUGCAGUCCUUCACAUUGGUUCUGCAGUCUCUGUGUAUUACGGCCGUUGGAACGCAGGUGGUUAACAAAUUUGUGAAUGCGGUUACCUAUCCAAAAUUGAUACGUUUUGUUUGUGAUGAACUGAGGAACAUCUACAAGGAAUACGAAUGCAACAUAAAUAAACGUUAUAGUGAAACCUUGAAAGAUACUCUGGCCGUGGUGAAAAAAUCAAUUUGGAUCCUCUUCAUAAUCAAUAACAUUUUGAUGGCAAGCGUUCUGGCGGUACCAUUUUACUAUUCAAUUGUACGAAAUGAACACAUCGAUAUGAUCCAGCUGGUCGUACCGGGUGUAGAUAAGAAUGGAACUGGUUACUCGCCAUUGAGUGUGGCAGAAACAGCAUUAGAUUAUGUUGUCUGUGUUCGAAUUUAA